AGAGUGAGAGAGAGAGAUAGAACGAGAAAGGGGGGAGUACAGAGAGAGACUAUUGAACUAUAUAAAGCAGAGGACAGAAUCAGUAGCAAUCAGGAUAUGUACUCAGAAGCAACAGUAUCUGUUAACUGUAAGCUGAUUUAUGACUCUUUGACCUGCUGUUGCCCGUUUGACCUGCAGCUUUCAGUGCCUAGAGUUUAUGAACUGCACCUCUGAAUUCACUUUCAGCCUUCAACAACAGCAAACAUGACAACUGCCACAAGACUUCUGGAUGAGCUCUGUCACUUAACGGCUCAGUCUCUAGAAUCACUGGAGCCAUUAGAUCACUAUCAAAUAAUUAAAGUUCUUGGUGAGGGCUCAUACGGAAAAGUCAAAUUAGCAGUGCACAAGAAGAGAGGAACCCCGAUGGCUCUUAAAUUCUUUCUGCGAGAUGACACAUCUCUACUGUCCUUUCUGAGGGAAUAUAACCUGUCUUUGGCCUUCUGCACCCACCCCUCACUCACCUCAGCUUUAGGCAUCGCAUUCUCCACUCCUACUCACUAUGUGUUUGCCCAGCAACCUUGCCUUUAUGGUGACCUCUAUGAUGUCAUAGUUCCUGAGGUUGGUCUGGUAGAGAGCCGUGCCCAGAUAGUGGCUUCCCAGAUCAGCGGUGCCCUCUCUCAUCUCCAUUCCCUUGGCUUUGUCCAUCGUGAUGUCAAGCCGGAAAACAUCUUCCUAUGUGACCGUGAGUGCCGUUGGGUUAAACUUGGUGAUUUUGGCAUGGUGAAGGCUAAAGGCACCAGGGUACCAUGCGUGUGGUACAGCUCCCCUUACUGCACGCCUGAGGCUGAGAUGGCAAGAAAGAACGAAGACAGCCAUUCGAGCCACUUGGGGGUGGACAACAAUGGGAACAAGCAACAAGGGACGGACUCUAGACGGACUGACAGGAUAUUGGUGUCUGUGGAUCCCAGUACAGAUAGCUGGGCAUUAGGCAUUCUAAUCUAUGCCAUGCUCUUGGGGAGCCUUCCAUGGUCUGAGACCGCUUCAGACAACACUGCAUAUAAAAGAUAUCUACAAUGGACCAAUUGGGAAAAUUCUGCAUCACAGGAGAAAGGAUCAAAUCAAUCUGAAAUCUUCCUCCAGAUGGCACCACAGUUUGUGGCGUUCACACCUCUUGCGGCUUGUCUUCUUAGGUCCCUGCUCCACCCGCAGUUCAGGCUUCGUGGCAAUCCAGAUGAGGUGGAAAGAUAUCUGGGAGGAGCCUGGCUACUGGACAAGGAUGUCAGUGGGUGAUGCAUCAAAAGAAUGGCAGGACAGAUCAGUAGUUUGUCGUCAUCUGGUCAUUUACUCCAUGGUGGGAACAAUGGAUAGCAGUAGUAGUAGUUGAGUUGUAAUGGUCGUUUUAACCAUAAGCCUGCUGUGUUUAUUAAUACGCAUUAAUAGUUGCGUUUGUUUUCCCAAGUGACCACGUAGCUGUAAACACUAAGGACCAGAUUUACCAAACAGGGCAAAUUAACAUGAGAGCGCAAUUCCAUAAACUCACAAAUGGGAGUGGAAAGUUCUAUGGUUUAUCUACUGACAAUGCCAUUGGUCUUACUGGGCCUGUAUUCAUUAAACAUCUUAAGGCUAAAAGUAGCUCCUAACUUGUUGAUUUAAAACACAAUUUUAAAAACAUAUCAGUCCUAAAUUUAGGACUCCUAAAUUUCUUCUCUAGAUGUCACAAACUAGCUCCUAAAUCUGUGAAAUAUUAGGGAAGAGUAGAGAAGAAGACCAACUCACAAAUAUCCUAAAAUGGCUGUCUCUGGCAAUUUGCCUUGAAAUAUAAACAUUUUAGAAACAUUUGACGAUAUUGAGCCUUUAAGAAGGUCAUUCCAACUCCAGAUUUUCCUUUAAUUAUAUAUUUUUUAUCCAGUUAGUCAAGAAGUAACAGCUGUUCUUGUGUCCAGUUUGCACAUCUCAAUAUCAGCCAUGAUUAUUCUACUGUUAAUUAAAAGGCCUUUUAUAUGCAUAAUAUAUAUAUACAUAUACAAUACACUUUUUAAUAGUUUAUUUAGUUUAUUCUUUUUAUUUGAAUAUAGAAAUAAAUCUUUAUAUGAAUAUGACAACAAAACAUUGCCCUCUAAAAUAUUUUUAUUAGUAAACCUCUGACAGAGACCCCUCUCUUCUCCUAUAAGCCAAUCACGAUGUGCAUAGUUAGUAAGCAUGCUGACAUUACCCAUAACAAUAAGGUGAAUCGACUCUUAGCUUAAGAUUUCUCUCUAUUCCCUAGUAACAAAUUGUCUCUGCAGCUUUGUGGAUAGGUUUGAAGCGAAAACUCUUAGGUAAAAACUUUUACUGCUAUUUAGGAGAACUCUUAGUGGUAAGAUGAAAUGUUUUGUUAAUAUGGGCCCUGCUGUCUACCAAGAGCCGUGCAAAUUAAAUGCAUCUGCUUUAAAACAUGCUUUUACUGCACAAAUACCAUUACUUGACUAGUGCUAACCUUAAUAACCUUUUGUGCCUAAAUGGAAAACUCCUACAAAUGCAAUAAGGUCAGUGGCAAAAAUGACUGCCCACUGCAUGUCUUUAGUGAAUCCUAAACAUAGCUUUUUAAUGGCAAAAUAGAGUGUGCGCUGGUGCAAGCCGUUAGGAAAUUUGCCCUUAAAGGUUUCAGAACACCUCAGAAGAGUUAUCAAGUGUUAUAUAACUGAAAAGGGGUUUCUGAAAACUUGGGCCUCCAUCCACAGUCCAGCGACAUUACUACACUACAAAACAAUGUGCGCCCUACAAAGUUCACUGUAACGCUAUAUCAUGAAAUCUGUACCAAGAAUAUUACAGUGACAGCUAAAGAUCAGCUGGCAUCUCAAUAAUAUCUGUGUUUAUAGGUCUAAAUAAAUACCGCUGCCAUCUCCACUUCUCCACAAAUGGACUUCUUGAAAGAAAAAAGGAGGGACUUGAUUUUGUUCAUCUUGUUUGGAUGAUUGUUUGCUAAUUGCUGCAAUCUCAAAGUGAGUUAGAGGUUGUUGGAUGGGAUAGAUUACUGCUUUACUUCUAAGGCACAAAUCAAAGAAAAGAUGUUGUGAGAGCUUGUUUUUGGCAAAUAUAUGAUAAAUGUUAUAUAUUUUAUGUGGACAUCUCACAUGCAUAAGUGUCCAUUGUGGAAAUGCAGUAAACCUGAGAUGGAAAUAAAAAUGUUAAUGUAGGAUUCGAAAUUUCUGUUUUGUCUGGUUUAAAAUACAAAAAUGAAUCGUUAAACAAUCAUUUUCACCGACAUUUUGAGCUGUUUCUAUACAUAUUUUGUUUUGUUUAUACAUAUGUGUGUAUACAUAAAGUUUGGAAUGUUCACUCCCGUCUUAAAAUCAUAUUUAUGCUUUUAACAGCCUACAGUAUGCUCAUGAAAUGUCAUCUUCACGUGGAGCACUUGUGAGCACAGGAGUAAGAAGAAGCACGACUCUCAAAUUUCAGCAGAAGACAUGCAGACACAUACAAACACUCAGACACUAUGUGUCCUAGAUUUAAAAAUAACCCCCAGACCAUUAAUAAAACUCUUUCGGCUAUCAUCACCUCUGUCAGAUGCACACUUGAAAUCACAUGCAUGGGCAAACACACAGUCUUUGCUGAUCUUUAAGUGUCUCACACUUCUGCAUUCAAACCUGUCCCUCCAUUCAUCAGCACUGUACACACAUACACACACACACACAAAGUGUGAAGUUACGCGGAAUGGAUAGGUCUUUGGCUUAUCUUCAGACACCUUCAAAUGAUCCAUGAAAACAUAACAUUGUAAACUAUGGAGUAAAUAAGACGACCGGAUUUGCAAAAUAAAGAAAGUAUAAAGAAUUUUCUGGAAUAUCAAAUAAGUAAUAAAAACAAAUGAAGACCAUCUGACUUUCCAAAAAACUGAAAAAAAUAAUUUUUUAACGCCAAAUAUUUGCACAGCAAACUGAAUUAAUACAGACUAGGCUGCUAAAUUAAGACAUCCAAAAACACUAGUGUCAGAUUUUGCCAUUUCAAUCUGAAGUUAUUUGCGCACCUUGUUAAGAGAUUAACAGCUGAAAUAGCUCAUUACAUGAAGGGAGAAGAUCCACGAAGAUCAUUUGACAGCCCUACCAACUAUUCCAGCCGCUGUCUGUGUGACCUUUCAUUUGAUAUACUGCAUUAAAACACAUUUAUGUGCAAUUAUGCAAGUGUUAAAGUAUGCUGUCAUCUUGCAUAUGUUAAUUAGUAAGUAAAUGCCCGUGAGAGAAAUAUCUUUCUAUAAGUUUGAUGAAUGUAAGGCACUGGAAAGCCAAAAAUACCAACUUUUCGUUUGUAAAGUUUCUUCCUAACAAAAACUAUGUUCACAAUAUAAUCUUCCUGAAGCUGCAGCUGCAAGACUGCUGUAGAAGAUCCUAUGGAGAUCUAUUAGCUGGGACAAACUUAACUUUAGAAGAAAUAUUUAAGACUGAUUAGCAUAUGUAUUUUAAUUGCAUAACAUUUCUAAUUAUGGGAUUACAGAGUUUUAAUAAACUACUAAAUUAAAUGUAAUGCAUAAAUCCUAAUAUAGUAAUAAUCAUGCAUAAGUAAACC